UAAAAUGUUAACUGUGUUUUUUAAGUUUGCAUCGUGAAAACUCAAGCAUCCUGCAGUUUGAGAGAAUGGUAUGAUUAAUGCCCAUUGAGUAAUUGUUACCAUUUUGCCAUAUUUGCUUCAUCUGUACAAACAUUAAAAAAGCUCUAGCAGAUAAAGGACUUUUCCCCUUCAGACAUAACUGCAAUGCUACUAUUGCAGUUAAAAAAUUAAUAAUUCCAUAAUACGAUUUAAUACCCAGUUUAUGUAUCAUUUUCCCCAGUUAUCAAAAAUAUCUUGUUGCAUUUGGCCCGUUCAAAUCAGGAUCCAAAGUCCACACAUUGCAUUUGGUUGAUAUAUGUAUUAAGUGUCUUUAAUUUUAUAAAACUCACACCUUUUCUUUUCAUGUUGUUUAUUUGUUGAAGAAAUGUGUCAUUUGUCCUGUAGAAUUUCCCACAUUCUAGAGUUGGCAGAUUGUAUCCUUGUGAUGUUAACUGCUUCUCUAAUCUCUAUUCGGUAAACCUGUAGUUAGAUCUUGGUGCUUAAUUAGAUUCACAUUUAAAUUGCUGAGAAAGGCUUCAUAGGUGGUCCUUUUUACUUCGGUUACAUCACAAAAAGAGUCAAGAAAAGUCUUCCUGUCCUCUUUUAGUGAUGUUAAGAUUCUUUGGGCUCAGGUGGUGUCAGCCUGAUCUGUUUGUUAUAAAGGUCCCCCGUGGACUUUUCACCUAAUGGGUUUUUGCUCUUUCUGUUAUUUGAAUGCCAAUUUGUCUAACCCUUUGCUUGAUUCAGUGCCUUUUUUCCCUUGCAAUUUUAUUAAGAUGUAGUCACAUAUCAUACAGUCAUCCAAAGUGUACAAUCAAUUGUUAAUUAUAUCUGUAUCAUCAUAUAGUUGUGCAUUGAUGCAGUAUCUUUUAAAAUACUGCCCUUUGAGUUGAAUUUGUUAGACAUGUGCAGCAAACUGCUUUGAAGUCUGAAGUCUCCAAAGUGGUGGUAUGUUAAAGAUAAGUGAAUAAACUGUAUACAACUGAAAUGUAACUAUUUCUCACUCAUUUCCAAAUAAUGAUACUUUUUUUUUCCUCUCUACUCCUACAUGAAGCACUUUUGUGAAUAGAUUUUAGGUAACGUUGUCCUUUGUUCAAGCCCAAGUUUGUAAUCUCUUUGGAUCAGCUGCCUGUUUUAUAGUUAUUGAAAUAAAUAGGUUAAAAAGAAUCCGUUUCUAAUAAAGAUUUAUUCUUUAAAGUGAGAGAAAGAGACUCGGCUCUUAUUGAAAUGUUAUUUUGAACUUAAAAAUGAAUUUUGAAACCUGUUGGUUUCAUUGAGCCAUUUGCCCACAGCAGAAAACCCACUUCAGGUAGCCAUAAAUUUCUGUUGGAGAGGGAAGGCCUUGCAAAUGAUGCGGCAGCUUUAUUGAAGUUCAGUCACUUGUGAAAUAAUAUGGCUUUCCUAAGACAGUCACAAAAGACUUGAAAUACAUGGAAGAUUUUAUAAUUGUGGAUCUGCUCUUUCAGUAAAUUUUGUUUUCUGAUCUCUGAAUAUCUAGAGUGUGUAUAAUUCUUACAUUUUUCUCUCAUUUUCUUUCUUGCACUUUCUCUGCAGAAUUUAACAUGCCAUAUAUUAUGGUGACCAUUUUUAUAAUUAACAUUUGAAUUAACCUCCAUGACAGCCUGUGAGGAAUGUCUGGAGAUGAAAAAUCUGAGGUGUUCUGUAUUUUUUUUUUAAUAGGUUGAGGGACUUGCUUAAGAUAACAUGCUCCUGAUAAGUGGUAGAGCAGAGAUUUCUGACUGGCCAAUGUGUGCUCUUUCCAUUAUUCCAUAUGUUGGUAUCUCCUGUAACCCUUUCUUGUAACAGGAUUUGUCCCAAGUAAUUUUUUUUUAACUUGUCAUUUUGAAGUCAUUUCUGACUUACAAAAAAAAUUGCAAAAAUCUUUUUGCCCAGAUUCUCUAAAUUAUAACAUCUUAUAUAACCAUAGUAAAUUACCACCACCAAGAAAUUGCCCCAAGUAAUUUUGAUUAUCUCAUUUGAUUGCACUUGCAAUGGUGCUUAUGGUUAACCAUCUUUGUUGAUCUUCGUAAGUUGAGUUGCAUGUAUUUUAUUUGAAAGGACAAAUGAGAAUAGUAUUUUCCAUAUCCCCUACUUUAUAGUUUUGUAAAUAGGUUAAACCUUCUAUUUUGAUGGUUGAAGAAAAUGCCAUUAGUUAAAGUGAAGGUGGUUCUUUCUAAAUGGUUUCUCCAUAUUUCCCUAUGUAUACUAAUAGGUAUGACACACUUUAUAUAUAUUUUUAAAGUUCCUUUGUGCAUUAUAGUUUUCUUAGUGCUAAUUUUUUUUUUGUCUUUUUGCUUCUAAAUUGGUUUAAUCUAAGUAAAUGACAGGAUAGAAUUGCUUUAUUAAAGAACUGCUUCAUCUGCAUUGUAUGUUGAUCGAACUUUGCUUUGAAGACCCCUGUGGCCAGAAAAUGCUGUCUUUUGAACCUUUCAGUUUCUCCAUUUACCUGUAAAAAUUUUUCUAGAAAUAAUGCUUUUUAUAAUAACAAUUUUGAAAAUGUUUGCUUUGUGCAAAACAACUGCCAGACUUGUCAGACCAGUUGUAGGAUCUGUACUCUUUCCUUGACAACCUUUAUCAGAUGAGGAUGGUAUUUUCUGUAAAUGUCUUAUCUCUGGCAGAUGAACUCGAUCCACAAUGGACUUAUUUGGGUACACCCUCAGUUGCAUGGAACGUUAUAUAAUGAAUGGCCAGCUUAUUAAAUUCAGUGCAGCUUUUUAUUUUCCUGUGGCCAAUUUUCUGUUCUGCUUGAAAAUUUUCCAAGUCUUUGAAAUACAUUUCUCUUUAGACUAAUGAAGUAUGUAAGAAUUUCUCUCUGCUAGGUUAUUGUUGUCUUUGCUGCUUUUUAUUGGCUUAGAGAAGAAUGUUAUCCGUUUCCUCUUCCUUCUUAGGAACCAUUUAUAGAACCAGGAAAGAUAAGACUUGCUUAAAAUGUCUAAUCUAUAUUCAGAUGAUGAGAAUUCAAACUAUGAAACAUCAUUUUGACACUUAGAAUUUAGAUUUACAUGAAGAUGCUAUUGAGAAGCAAGUGGGGAAAAUUCCAACUAUUCAGAUCUCAUAACCCUGUAUAAUUUUAACACUUGAAAGAAAAAAAUGUAAAAACCAAACGCUUUUUUUGGUUUGUUUACAAGUUAGACAGACUUGGUAAUAAACAGCUAUAGGAAGAGACAAUAAAAAUACUCUCUGUUGUUCCCUGCUUGGAACCCCUUUUCUUAUAAAAAUUUGAAAGCUUACUAUGGAAGAACAUUUUUUAGCCCUUUUUAGUCAUUUUCCAUUUUCCCUAGAUUAUAUUUUGGUAAUGUAUUUUCAAUAUGGUCUGUCUUGGUCUUUGCCCGUUUUAUCAGCUUUGAUUUUUCCUUUUCUGCCAGUGAGAGCCUUACCACUCUAGAGAAGUACACUUUAGGGACCAAACCUGGCUCUAGGGUUGUUUGCUGCAGUCCUUUUUGUAUGGAAAGAAUGGUUAUUACCAGGGAAGGUUUUCCUUUUGUUUUACUUGCUAUCCAGAUGCUGCUCAGACUCUCGCUCUCGCACAGGAUCACAGUAUGGAUAUUCCAAGCCAAGACCAACAGAAGCGAAGUGCAGAAGAAAGUUCCAGCUCCAGGAAAAGAACUGGAGAAGGUGAUGUUCCCACACUGCCUACCUCACAGCAUAAAUGCAGAAAUUCUGAAGCUGAUUGAAGUGGGGAAAAAUGAUGACCUUGAGGACUCUAAGUCCCUAAGUGAUGAUACUGAUAUAGAAAUUAUCUCUGAGGACGAGUGGCAGUGUACGGAAUGCAAGAAGUUUAACUCACCAAGCAAGAAGUACUGUUUCCGUUGCUGGGCUUUGAGAAAGGAUUGGUAUUCAGAUUGCUCUAAGUUAACCCAUUCUCUCUCUACGUCUGAUAUCACUGCCAUACCUGAAAAGAAGGAAAUUGAAGGAAUUGAUGUUCCUGAUUGCCGAAGAACCAUUUCAGCUCCAGUUGUUAGACCUAAAGAUCUAUAUAAAAAGGAAGAAAAUUCCAAACUUUUUGAUCCCUGCAGUUCAGUGGAAUUCUUGGAUUUGGCUCAAAGUUCUGAAAGUCAAGAGACCAUCUUAAGCAGGGGAGAAAAAUUAGGUAACUUUUCUGAACAGAGAACAGAUACGGAAAACAUGGAGGAUAGCCAAAAUCUUUUGAAGCCAUGUCGCUUAUGUGAGAAAAGACCACGAGACGGAAACAUUAUUCAUGGGAGGACAGGCCACCUUGCCACUUGUUUUCAUUGCGCCAGAAGAUUAAAGAAGGCUGGGGCUUCAUGCCCUAUUUGCAAGAAAGAGAUUCAGUUGGUUAUUAAGGUUUUUAUAGCAUAACCGAAUUGAUGAGUUACAGAGAAAUGAUAAAAAUCAGGCCAGGUCAGGAAUCAAAAUGUCAGUAUUGAACAUCCACGCUCAUUGUAAUGUACUGCAUCCAUUUAUUUAUUCAUGCAAACAUACAUGUUCCAGGGCAGUUUUCCUUUUAAACUCAUAUAGAAUUUGAGAGUGAAUUCUUUACAACUAGGUUAUCAAUUUGGGGACCCCAUUAACAUGAAAACAUACAUUAAUCACUUCAUUCUCCCUCCAAAACUGAGGAUCCUGGAGGGAGCAAUUACCAGUGCAAACAUUAAAAUACAUUAAUUUACUCAUUUACCAAAUUAUUUGAAGAUUAGUCCUUUCUUUAGUUAAUUUUAUUCCCUGUCCUUCAAUUUUGUUAAGUAAUAUUCUUAGACAUAAAAAUCCAAGGUGGCAAUUAGCAAAGUAUUGAAGCUAACAAUGAAAAAACAUAAAAUCAUUUGAUAAGUCAAACUACCUUGCAGUCAGGCUGCAUGGUUCUGAGUAACCAAAAUGAAAAGUCUUGAAAAACAGAUUUCUUCCACGUAUGCCUAGAACAAUGAUUAUCAAACAUUUUUGCUAGCAUGCCCCUAAAAGAAUUUUGAAAAAUCAUAUUCCCUUUUGCAUCAGUAAAGUGUUCCUUUCCGAUGAGUUGUAGACAUCUAAGUAACCACUACCCAAAACAAGCUGUAGAACGUUUCUUUCGCUGCAUAAUACUUUCUUAAGCCUCUUUACAAAUCCUCAGCCAUUUCUUGACUCUCACCCUGGAUUAGUUUUUCUGUUGCGCAUCUUUAAUUUGACAUCUAAAUUGUUAAAGUAAGUUUACUUAAAAAGGAUAUGCUAUCCAGCAUAUUGUAAAUUGUAUAUGUAUAUGUGCUUUAAAGAUAUUUUUAUCAAAGCCUUGGAGCUGUAGAUAUUUAUAGAAAAGUCCUGUCUCAAAAACUGGCAAAGCAUGUCCUUGUUUCAAAAUUUAUCAGCCAAAUCAGACUUCACUUUGAGUCACAAUGUCUGAUUUUAUUUUUAAUUCAAAGUAAUGCAUUAAUAUACACCUCUGGCACAACCUUCUCAAUUCUAAUAUAUAUAGAAGGAGAAGGCACACAAUUUUUAACCAAAGCUUUACUCUGUCGCCAUUAUCCCUUAGGAGUCAUGGGGGUAGGGAAGGGGAGAGGGUGUCUUUCUACCUUUAUGAUGCCUCUAGAGGUUUUCAUGCCCCAAGGCAAAGUCCCAUAGUAAGAUUUCCCUAUUUUGACAAUAGGGAGUUUGGCAAUUAUAAAAGGGAAGUAAUUUAAAAGAAGUGGUAGAUCUGAAGAGACCUUAUGGAGGGGCACAUCAAUUUUAGGACAAAAGAUGUGGAAAUCGGCGAUCUUGAAAUUGAUUUCCUUAAAGCUAUACAAGUCUGCUUACCCCAAGAAAAAAUCUCGCUGUAUUCCCAGGGGUAUGAAUGUGCCAUUUUGAAGACCAAGGGCCUAGAAUAGUCAAACUUAAAAAGCAUAAGCAUCACCUAGGUUGCUUGUUAAAAAUGCCUAAACCCCUCAGAGAUUUUGAACCUUUUAAGAUCUGGUCCAGGAAGUUGCAUUUUAACAGGUAUUUCCAGAAGCUCUGAUGCAGGUGGUGUACAGACCACGCUUUGGCAAGCCCUGCCCUUGAAGAAAGGGCUUUUUCCUACCUGUCUCUCGGGAACCAAACAGAAAACGGACAACACCAAGAUCCCUUUAUUUAGCAUAAUACUUAGUUUCUAGAGAGGGAUUUUCAUUGAAGUUACAGAAUUUUUAAACUACAAUGCACUCAUGAACUAAAACUCCUUUAUUUUGCACACGAGGCUAACAAGUUAAAUGACUUUGCUGCAAGUCACAGCCAGUGGUAGAGCUAUUACUAGAAUCCAAAUCUCUUGACCGGUAAAUCUUGAAACCAUACUUGCUGCCUUCUCAUCUAUUAAAUAUUUUUAGUGGUGGUGCUUGUUGAAUUUGGGACAACUAAUAAUCUUAAAAUGUAGGUCUUCUAAUAAAUGGUGUUGCAGAAUAUGGUAGCUUGCAGCCAAAAUAAGAAUUUAGGGAGAACAGUACUUUGAACAACUUUCUCCCAACAGAAAAAAGGCCCAGCAAAUGUCAGGUUUUCUUACCUAAUCAGAUAAAUUACUCCUCCCACUGCAAGAAUAAGUGAAGGUGGCAGAGGGACCUGAACCAUUUUCUCCAGAAUUAACCCUUCCUUGGGGAAUGAAGCUCAAGUCUCUGACUUUCUUUAGGCACUGGGGACAAGGGUUUUUUCCCUAACAAAUGGAACCAACCCUUUGAGUAAAAUGUUUUGUUAGAACACACUGACUGCUUUAGAAAGUUAAUUUCCUCGUUUCCUCCCGGCCCCCAAUAAUCGUCUCCAUUUUAGUUGGGUCACCCUCAGUUUUGAUGUAUUUUUGCCUGUCGCUUUUGCAGGUGACAACUUGAAAGCCGAGGAGGGAGAACUAGCAAUUUGCACUUGGAACUGUGGUUCCCUUAUAUAAAAUUGCAGUUUUUAUAAAACUUCCACAAGAGGAGUUUAUAAUUUUACUUAUGUUUGUAGAUAAUUUGAUAUCAGUUUCGGUACAUCGUUGCCUAGCCCAGAUUCCUUAUGCUACUCUGCUUUCCUCUUCUACCUGUUGACCUGGGUUUUUCACUGCUCCUGUUAGCACUAAAGUACUUAGCUUAGAAGAUCCUAAGCUGCAUGUUUGAGCUGAACCUUAUUUUAACCUACUUUCAACCAUCUUGAUCUGUUUUUAAUUUUGUUCUUUUUUCAUUGCUACCGUGGUACAGAUUUUUUUUUACACACUGCCACCAAAGCAAGACAUGGUUUGCAUGUGCAGUCUUCAGAAUUUGCAAUUAUAAAGAAAAGAAAUUCUUGACUUUCAAAUGCUACCAUUCAUCUUUUAGUUGUAGCUAGGAUGACCACAUUCUCUGGUUUUCUGGGGACAGUCCCGGCUUAUCCUACUUUUUAGCCUCCCAUCCUGUUUAUCUCUGUCUUUCCUCUUUCACUCUCAAAAGUGUUCAUUUGGACAUCAAGUGAUAUAGUCACCCAAGUUACAGGCAAGCCAUGCUUGAAUUUAAAUUUUGAUUGUGAGGAAAAGCAAGUGUCAAUGGAAUUUAAUGUUUUCUCUUGCUUCACACCAUAGACUCUUGUGAAUAAUGAAAUCAUCUGACAUUAGCAUCCCAUUUCUUAUUUUAGUUAUUUAAAUUAAUAUUUAUGUUAACCUAAACAAAAAGCUCAGCAGAAACGACAAAUCAUUAGAAAAACAAUGAAUUUCUGCAUUACAGUUAAAAAACAGUCCCGGCAACUACAGGGUACUUACAGUAUUUGGUAUGCUUUUGUAUUUAACACUUAAAUCAGACUUUAGAAAGCCUUUCAACUGGUAUUACUAUUUCUUCACAGUCCAUCUAUGGGAUUCACAAUCUUAGACUUGAACAAUGGAUCUGAGUCCAGCCAGGCUAACCUCCAGUCACGGACUUCUCUAAUAUGAGAUUGAUUCACUGCCAAGCAUUUGAAAUAUGCAAUUGUGUUCUAAUCGUAAUUUUAUGUAUAUUUAAUGUGUGUAAUGCUUUGUGUGGGACAUUGCUUGAUUUUUAAGAAGUUAUUUUUAAAGGGCAGUAUCAUUUGUAGCAGAUUUUUGUGGUGUCACUGCAGUACAAUGUUGACUCCUUUGAAGUCAUUAAUGAGAAAUUGGUGAGUGUUGGUUUUUAGGUUGUACUAAAGCUAUUGUUGUGUUACCUCUUGAUGCUCUUUAGAAAGGAGGAAACUUACUAACCUGCUAUUUUGGAUUUUACCACAGAGAGUUAUAUGAACUUCUGAAAGUACAUGGCUUUAAAUACUGUGAAUCUUGUUGUUUUCUAUUUAGCCCAUUAUCUGCUUCAGACCCAUGUCCUAAGAAUUUAUUUCGAUGAUUUUCCCAUUCAUGGGUAUACAUGGAUGCACACACAAAUUCUCAAGACUGUUAAUGCCUUUGCUAAAAAUGACUGAAGAUUAGGAACUAGCUGUGUUUAGUGUAGGCACUUCAAAGAUAAAGGAACCUGCAAGCUCUCCCUUGUGCCAAAAGUAAAAUGUCAGUGUUUACAGAUGUCUGGAAUUUUGCACUGCCGUAGGGAAUGCUGAAGUUACUUUGUUGUCAUUUCUCAGAUUCAUAAUUAGAGAAGUUGCAGUUCAGCAUAUACGCGGCAGUAUUGAAGAGCUUAAGGCUAAGCUGGAAAUGCAAAUAUCUGAUAUAGUGGAUGAAGUGGCUUCCCAUAAUUUGGGACAGCUUUCCCUGCUUGCUUUGAGAGUCCUUUCUCUUGACAGAGCUUUCCUUAUUGUCUGCCAUUGCUAAAUUCUUCCUUUAUAGGAGCCUCCAGAUCUCUUCUCUCCUGUGGGAGAAUUUCCCAUAGCAUUCUGAAAUUGUUUGAUGCAGUGAACGUGCGUUCCCAAGUAUGCCAUUAUCAGUGAAUGUGGUAUUGUUAAAGAAAAUAUUACAGUACACCUACACUUGGGUUUACUGUGUUCUCUAUCAAGAGUCUUGAAUGACCGAAAAUGUUAAAGAGGGAAGCAGCUUCUCUGCGGAAAGAGGGUGUUAAUAUUUCUUGGUAGCUGCUCUGAAAUCCAAGAUGCUGUUCCACCUGCAGGUUGUUUUCCUUCAUGUAGGAACAUUAUUUUAUUCUUUCUGGGAGCCUAGCACAGCUAGUAGAAUUCCCCAUUUCUCAGGGUGGGGAGGGUCAAGAUAAUUAAAAAGGGCCAGUUAGUGCUAUUGGAGCAAUUCCUUUCUCCAAACAGUUGCUAAAAUUUGACAAAUGCUUUAAUGAAGAUCUGACAUUAUCAUUAUAAUAUUUUGAGCAUUUAUUAAAGCAUCUGAUUUCUUAUCCUAAGGCAUUUUUUUAAUAGUUAAGUACUUCUAUGUUAACAGAUAUUUCCUCUUCUUUCCUUCCUUAAGGUUGCUCUUAGUUCAAAGUUAAUAUCUACUUGUGGAUAUUGCUUUUCUUAUGCUAAAGGCCAUCCGUACCACCCCUUAGAUGGUGUAUCUUAUAAGAUUUCAUUUUUCCAGUCAGUCCUGGGGAAUGUUUCUGUUUCUGUUUCAGAGUUGUGUGAUAGAUUCAUAAGGGAAGCUGUGACAUUAGAGCUACUGUAUAAUAAAGUAACAGCUUGUAGUCAGAGGCUUCCUUUGUGGGUGUGGUGAGAGAAUGGGGAGAUCAGCUCCCUUGUUGUCUCAGCACUAAGAAAUUGAGGUCAGCCCUCCCUUUUCCUGCUCUUUUCCUCUAGUUUGCCUCAUGUUUUCAUUUCCUUUUUAAUAAUAAUCAAAAUGUCUCCUUUGUUUUUUUUUCCCCUUUCCCUUUUUAAAAACCAAUAGAAAAUGUAUUAAAGGGGGAUGAACUGUUUCUUGGUUUCCUUAGCAUUUGGCAAGGUAGUCAUAAGCAGGCUUCCUUAGUCCAUAGCUACGCGCUAUAAGUGCACUAAGUGCCUCUUGAAUAGAGAAAAGGAGUAAGAUGAUUCCACCAGUCUUGAGUCCUAGUUCCAGGCAUGUUUCUUGACCUUUCCAGGCCUCAGUUUUUCUCAUCUGUAAAAUGAAUACAAAUACCUAUCCUUUCUACCUCAUGGUGGUUGUGGGAAUUAAGUAUCGGGGGAGCAACUUAAAAACUUACAGUUGCCUUGCGUAACAUAAAAAGUUAUUCUCUAGGUAGACCAAAUUCUGGGGUAUAUGUUCGGAAUACCUCGUGUCCUGGAAGCUGAGCCCUAGCUCCCUUUGUGUAUAGGUUAAAGUUCACAAUAAAAAUAAAUAAAUAAGAAAAAAAUAAAUGAGGAAAGAGGGAGGAAUUAUAUGUGUUCUUGCCUAGUUUUCUUUAUAAGCACCACUAAGCUAAUAGUUGUAUAUCUUUUUGGUGUUUGCGCUAUGUAAUGCUCUUAAUAUCUAUUGGUUCUGUUGCUUUUUUGUGUAUUAAAUACCUUUCAUUUUGCCA